AUGACAAAUAAUAAUUAGAAUUUUACAAUCUAAAACAUUCCUGAACAUAUCAAUUAAUUAGUAAAUUUUAAAAAAUGGAGAAGAGUAGGAUCAAAUUUAAAAGGAGCAAUAAUGAUUGGAAUAAUUGAACAUUGUAUUUAUAAUAAUGAAAUUGGUAUAUUGAAAGAUAUGACAUCAUUAACAUAAUAUUAAAGUAAUGAUAAAGCAUAGAAAUUUAAAAUUAUCAUUAAUAAUGCUCUAAAGAAAUUAUAAGGCAAUUAAAUAAUUGAUUUCAUAAUAGAAAGCCUAAUAUAAUAAAAGGAUAUAUAUAAUAAUUAAACAUAACAAUUUCUUGAUGAAUAUUUAAAGUAAAAAUUCCACCAUCCCCUAUCAGACGAUGAUUUAAUAUAAGACUUUUAAAAAAUUUUCAAAAUUAAAUUGAUUAUUGCAAAAUUUCCACUUCCAAAAAAUGAAAAUUAUUUACCAAUCAAUUCAAAAGAUAAUAAUAGUAUCAUUAUAUUUAAUUUGGAUAAUAAAUAUUACAUAAUUUAAAAAGAUUAAGCUUCCUAAAUUUAAAAAUGUAGAUGUUGUUAAAAUACAAAUCCAAAAGAAUUACAGAAAAUAUAAUGUAAUCAUUUAAUUUGUCUAAUUUGUUUAAAAAAAUCAUUUUCUGAAAAGUAAAUUAAAUUAAAUUGUAAUUAAUAAAAUUGUCCUUCAUAGAUUACCUUGUAAUAGUUUGAAUAAAUAAUGAAAAAUUAUGAAGAUAAUUCUGUAAUACAAACAUUUUAGUAGACAAAAAUCAUAAAUGAUGAGUGUUGUAUUAUUUGUAAAACGAAAACAAGUUUAGAAUUUUUAUUAAGACCUCAAGAAUGUUCUCAUCAAUUUUGUAUGUAAUGUUUACAAGAGAAAUUAAAAAAUAAUUAAUAAAAUGAUUUUAGUUGUCCAAUUAAUGGUUGCAAUAGUAAAUUUAAUUAAAAAGAAUUACCAUCAAGUAUUUCUAAUAAAUUAAUAUAAUCUUAAGUAAUAUAAAAAUAAACAGAAAUUAUACGAAAAUCUGAAAUUUAAGAAAAAUCAUCUUAAUAAUCUAUUAUUACUAGCAAUGGAAAAUUAAAUGAUAAGAAUCUAAAUAUCUAAUGUCAUUAUUGUUUUAAAUAAUAUACAGAUAAUUUGAUAUAUAAGAAUAAAUGUAGUCAUUUUAUAUGUAAAUCUUGUUUUAUAUAAAUUGAAAAUAAAAAUAUAGAUUAAUUCAAAUGUUAAGUAUCAAAAUGUAAUGAAAUUAUUAAAUUUAAAGAAUUAAAUCAAUAUUUUAAUAUGAAUUAAAGUUAAAACCCAUAGUAAAAAUGUGGUAAUUGUGAUUCAAUCUGUUAAAAAUCAGAAUCAUUUUGUAAUACAAAUUGUCAUCACAUUAUAUGUUUAAAAUGUGUUAAUAAUAUUUAUUAAUCAUAAAGAACUCCAAAAUGUCUUAAAUGUAAUAUAGUUAUAGAUGAAGAAAAACUAGAUGAAUUUUAUCUGUAAAUUUAAAUUAAAUCUACUAAAGAUGUAUCUUAAAUAAAGAGCUUUGAUCCAGAAUUUUAAGAAGAUUGUACAUUUUGUCAUUCUCCUUUUACAGAUUACAAUACUUAAUAAAAUUUAAAUUGUCCAAAUCAUGCAAUAGGUGCAUGUUGCAUAAUCUUUCCAUUAGAUUGUCCAUAAUGUUAGAUGAAUUCAUUGAUUGUUGAAAAAUGUAUUGAAAUUGUUAUAAAUUAGAAAAAUUGCAUUUUUUUUUAUUUUAUAAUGAUUCAGACUUUAUUAAAUAUCAAACAUAAGGUAAAUUCAAAUGA